UCAAACCCAGUUAUUUAGAUCUGACCUUGAAGCCCAUAUUUUUUUCUCUGAAUCCCCCCCAUCAUUACUCAGGGGCAGCUGUAAACUCAGCAAUCAUGGAAAGUGCAGUCUCGUAAGAUAUUAAGCAGAAUUAUUUCUCUCACAAUCCGGAUCUACGGAUUUAAUUUUCAAGAAUUAAAUAUCAGGACCUUGAGUCACUCUUCUUAUUAGGCGUAUUAAAGGGUCCCAUCCUUAUGUCUUCUCAUAAGCUGCACCAGAACAACCAUGGAGUGUCUGUAGAGAAGACCAGUCACUGAAACUGUCGAAGUACCUGCAUCUACUUUGUUUUAUAGUUUUUUUUUGUUCUGUGGACGUGCUCACAGCUGAAUUUGACUUUUUAACACUUAAAUUGUAUAGUGUCUACUGAGGAGGUGUCUUCAUUCUAAGAAGUCACUACAUUUUCUUUAUCUAGUUGAGUCUACUCUGAGGAAAAUGGAGCAUCUUGCCCUACAUGGAAACUCUUCAAGGCCUCACAGUUCAGUUCAUACAGGUUUUCUGUCUCAAACCAGCUACACAGUGCUGGCUGUCAUCAUGGGCGUUUUCUCAGUGGUGGGGAUCAUCCUCAAUCUCCUGGUGAUCGUAGUGACAGUGAAACAUAGACAGCUGAGGCAGCCGCUCAGCUACGCCCUGGUUAACCUGGCUGUAUGUGACCUGGGUUGUGCUGUGCUUGGGGGUCUGCCCACUACUGUCAGCAGUGCCAUGGGAUACUUCAGCUUUGGACGUGUGGGCUGUGUCAUAGAAGGCCUGUCUGUGGCCUUCUUUGGAAUAGCAAGUCUGUGUACAAUCGCAGUCAUUUCGGUUGAACGUUACAUUGUGGUGUGCUAUCCCAUGGGUGCUGUGCUGUUCCAGACCAGGCAUGCAGUCGCUGGAGUGGUACUGUCCUGGGUGUGGUCCUUUGUGUGGAACAUUCCACCUCUGUUUGGUUGGGGAAGUUUCGAGCUGGAGGGUAUAAAGAUUUCAUGUGCUCCAAACUGGCAAAGCCGGGACGUUGGGGACAUGUCCUACGUCAUCAUGUACUUUUGUCUGUGCUUCGCUGGGCCUUUCCUCAUCAUCAUGGUUUCCUACUCACGACUGUUGUGGACUCUGCGCCAGGUGACCAAACUGCAGGUUUCGGAGGCAGGCAGCACAAACCGUGUAGAGGUGCAGGUCGCCCUUAUGGUGGUGGUGAUGGUGUUGGCCUUUCUAGUGACCUGGUUGCCAUAUGCCGCCAUGGCCCUUUCUGUCAUCAUAGAUUCCAGCUUAUACAUUAACCCCCUCAUUGCUACCAUACCAGUUUACCUCGCUAAAAGCAGCACUGUUUUCAACCCUAUUAUAUAUAUUUUCAUGAACAGACAGUUCCGGAGUUAUGCCAUUCCUACUGUUCUGUGUGGAUGGAACCCGUGGGCUGCAGACACAACCACCUCGGAGUGUGAGACCACUGUCACCCCUGUCAACAAGACCCAGAAAGUCUCACCCAAAGAGUCUUUAAAGGAAUAACAGAGCGCACACAUCUCCACCGAUACUCCAGUCAUUUAUGUAAAACAAUGAACUAUUAAAUAAAGUUUUAGUUUUAUGCUGCCAAAAUCUGGAAUUGACUCUGUGAUAUUAGACAAGCCAAGUCCAAGCUGAAAACAUUCCUUUUUUUAGCUCAGCAUUUGAUCUGCACUCUUCUUUUUCUAUAUUUCAC